GCGGCCGCGCUGACGUCAGGCCCGGCGCGAGCGGAGGGACGGGGCGGCGGCGGCGGGAGCCGGAGCGGGGUGUGGGACAACUCCUACUCUCAGUCAGGUUUUGAUUGGCUUUCCAAAGAGGCAGUGUCCUAUAAAUUGCCUUCUCUGCUCUGCUUCUGCCUUCUGCCACCAGCUGAGACCCAGCACACCUGAAAGAAGAAGAUGCCAAUCAUCAGGAACCUGGGCAGAGCUGCCAGCCAGCUGCUGCAGAGCUCUGGCUGUGGCUGUGGGGUGUCCCUGGUGCCUGUCAGGGCCAUUGGGGUGUCCCCACGCCAGGUGGCCUCCGACGCCAGCUUCCACUCGGUGACGUUCUCCGAGUCGGAUCACCCCCGAGUGCUCAUCACAGGUGGUCUUGGCCAGCUCGGGGUGGGACUUGCAAAGCUGCUGAGGAAACGCUUUGGAAAGAACAACGUGAUCUUGUCUGACAUUAGAAAGCCUGCAGAUAAUGUUUUUUAUAGUGGUCCUUUCAUCUUUGCUGAUAUCCUGGACUACAAGAACCUGCGGGAGAUCGUGGUGAACAACCGCAUCACGUGGCUGUUCCACUACAGCGCCCUGCUCAGCGCCGUGGGAGAGGCCAACGUGCCCUUGGCCAGGGCUGUCAACAUCACUGGUUUACACAAUGUUCUGGAUAUUGCAGCUGAGCAUAAUUUGAGGCUCUUUGUUCCCAGCACCAUUGGAGCCUUUGGACCCACCUCUCCUCGAGAUCCAACUCCUGAUCUCUGCAUUCAGAGACCAAGGACAAUCUAUGGAGUCUCCAAGGUCCAUGCUGAGCUCAUGGGAGAGUACUACCACUACCGCUAUGGGCUGGACUUCCGCUGCCUCAGGUAUCCAGGGAUUAUCUCUGCUGAUUCCCAGCCUGGGGGGGGAACAACUGAUUAUGCUGUCCAGAUUUUCCAUGAUGCCAUGAAAUCUGGCAAAUUCAAGUGUUACCUGAGGCCAGACACCCGGCUGCCCAUGAUGUACAUCGAUGACUGCCUGAAAGCCACCCUGGAGAUCAUGGAGGCUCCUGCAGAAGCCCUGACCAUGAGGACCUACAACAUCAAUGCCAUGAGCUUCACUCCUGAGGAGCUGGCCCAGGAGGUGCAGAAGUAUGUCCCUGAGCUCCAGGUGACCUACAAUGUGGAUCAAGUCAAGCAGGCUAUAGCUGACAGCUGGCCCAUGAACUUCGACGACAGCAACGCGCGCAGGGACUGGGGUUGGAAACACGAUUAUGACCUCCCUGAGCUGGUGACCACCAUGUUCAGCUACCUUGGCUCUGACUCUAGGAUUGCCCAAGCUAACUGAAAUGCUUUCAGAUGUUUCCAGAUUUCCACAGAGGACCAGGAAGAAAUGGCUGCAUUUUAGUUUCUAAUUUUCUGAGUCUUAGAGCGUGUCAGUUCCUAAUUUUUGUGAGUAGUGACAGAGUUGGGCAGAAGCAUCCUGUAGCUGGAAUGUCCUUUAGAUAAACAACAGCACUGGGUGCUGUCCCCAAACACAGCACUGCUGACAAACACAGAGUUCUUGAACUUUUACACUUAGGAAAAACCACCAAAAGUAGCACUUCCUCCUGGCUGAUGGCUCUCCAAUCAUUCCUGCCUCUUCCUUGGCAAACAACAUGGGAUGGCAUUGUCCAGCCUGGCCUGUCAGGCAUAUCCCAAAAAGUUAACAAUAGCUUUUGCAUUUUCCUGGUGGAGGAUGUUAGGUUGUAGCAAAAGAGACAUCAGAAGAGCUGUUUCUUGUUUCCAAAUUGCAGGGGGUCGUUGCAAUUCUAGUUUGCAAUCAAACUUUGCUCAGUUGCUCCUAUUUAUAUCUUUCUUUAGUGCUGUCUAAGCAGAAACUUUUCUAUACCAAGGGCAUACAGAGUAGCAUUCUUAUGGUGCUGCUUAUAAAUGUGAAGUGGAAUAGAACUUGAAAUUCUCAUCAUGCUUUAAAAAAAACCCAGGGUUUACAAGCAAAGCUUUGUCCUGUUCUCUACAAGUGUCACUGCCUUCAGUGUGAGCUUGGAGGGAGAGCUGAAAUCCCAAGAGCUGUUCCAUGGAUGUGAGCUGGGUGGGAUUUCAGGGUCCAAACCUUGGCUGGGGUUUUUUUGCAGUAUUUUUGGUGUCCCUGCACAGUGUCAGAUUGCCUGGCACAAGUUUUAAAGGUGGGCUGAGGAUGGGGCCUUAUGGUAGAAUCAGAUCAGCCUUGGAAAUCUUUCCUGUUUCACCCCAUUUUCCACGUGCACUGUGUUUGUAGAUGUUGUUUGUGUGUAACUCCCACCUUUUUAUUCUUCAGAGAGGGAUCCAGAAGCUGAAACCAUCUUCUAGCUACAGCUAAGGGCUGUUCUGCUCGUUGAGUUUCAUGCACAGGAGAUUCUGGAUGAAUGAGGGAGUUUUAGUAGAUGUGUGAGAGGAAGAGGUGGCAGUUCAAAAGCUACUUAGGAGACUUCAGGAAAUGACAAACUGGAGAGACAGGAAGUCAUUGUAGGUAAAAUACCAAUUUCCAUGGAUGUGAGUCUGAGCUGUCAGCUGCUCUAGCUGAGAAACAGCCUCUGGGAGCUUUGGACUUUAUUUUUUUCAAAGAAAAAAAAAUCUCUUUCAUUUUCAAAAUGACUGGAAAUUCCCUACAGGAACUUUUUUUUUUUGUCUUGUAUACUCCAGUAGUGUAUGUAGCUAAAAAAUUCAAAUUUUUUUUUUUUUUGCCUACAGUUUGUUUGCUGUGUUUUCUGUGACUGUGCUUUGGUGGUUGUGAGUCUGUUGUGUUGUCUGUAACCCUGCCAUGAUCAGACUUCUGUCUCUUUGUGCAGGAGUUCUCCUGCAGGGAAUAUGUUUCCUCACAAAAGUAACCUUCCAAUGAAGAUUCUGUGGUGAAACCCACUUAUUUCAAACAUUUGUUACACUUGUGUCUCUUGGUUUUGUACUUAUUUUAUCCUUUCAUCUGUGGGCAAAGUAGGAAUUUCCCAGGUAUUUAAGCUCAAGGGUCGUGGCUGUUGCUGAAACCUUUUUAUAUUGUUUACAUUGCUGAAAGGACAAGUUUUUAAACCUUGGCCACUGCUGUGACUCUCACAUAGCUCAAGUGUAAUUUUUGGCCCAAUGGGCCAGUGAAGUCAGCCUGUGAGCAGAGGCUGGCUGGGCUCUGUCCUCUGCCCUCCCAAGAGGAUGGGAUCCAGACUGGAUUAUCCCCCAGGGACCUGCAGCCAGCAGGGGAAGGGCUGGAAGUGUCUUGUCCACUCCUCAGUGCCUCAGUUCCACCCUCAGGAAGUGUAAAAUAAAGAGUUGUUGAUGGCUCUCACUCCAUUUCCUUAAAAUCUCUCAAAGUCCUGGGCUCUGAUCCCCUCACCCUCAUUCCCAGCUCCAGUUCAGCAAGAGGGAGGAGCAGGAAUGUUCUUUUUUUCUGGAGCAUUGUCCUCAGGGGUGGGAUUUGUCACAGCAAAGGUGAAAUACAAACCCAUGGCAUUUUGAACAGUUUUGUUUUUCCUGCCAAGAUGUUGCUGGCCUUGUUUAGGAGCAGCCAUUUAAGCAACUGAAUUUUUUAAAAAUCUGAAAUAAACCAUGUUCCAACAGAGUGCUCUGGAGGAAGCUGGUGACAAUCAGGGACUGUUUUUAAAUCUGUCUCCAAGGUCCACAUCCUGUUUGAAAUGCUCAUGCUCAAUCUCACCAAUGAUCUGUAUAUUUUUUCCCCUCAUGUCUUUCACGUUAACUUCUCUUGUAAUGAUGUCACAAUUUAUUUUUUUUUGAUGUGCUACAAGAUAUCUACCUUUUGCUACCACUUGGAAGUUUGACUUCUGGGCAGAGACUUCCUUUGUGACACUUGAGCACUGUGACUGUUAAAUUACUUAUUCAGGACAAAAAAAAAUGUAAAAAAAGUUGUUAAGAGUAUUUUUUUCAACUCUUGUUAGUUGUGGGUAAUGCCUACUUGAAUAAAAUCCUUUGCAGAUGGA